GACGUCACUGGGGGCGGGCCCGGCGCGGGCCGCGUUUGAAUCGGCGGCGGCGCGGGCGGGUGAGUCAGCACCGUCGGCCGGUGCCGUCCGGGAGUCGUGGAGCGGACGUCGCGCUGCCCGUCCCGCGCGCCGCGGCCGCCUGCGAUGUCCCCGGGCCGGGAGAGUCGCCCGGGCAAGAGCAGGGCAGAGGUUGCUGGGGGGCUCCCCUCCCUGCUCCGUGCACCCCCCGGUCCCCGUCGGCAGUGGGCAGCUGGGCCAUGACACCCCCACAGCAGCCGCCGCCUCUCCAGAUGGAGCCCAGAGCACUGAGCACCUCUGCUUCAGCUGUCAGCUCUCUCGAGCUCAGUGGCGGACCCGGAAGCUUCUGGGACUUGGUGUCCGACAACUUCACGCCCAGCUUGGCCCCUUCCCUGAGCGCCGGCCCCCUGGGCUCUGCCAGCAGCAGCACCGAGCUGGCUCGGGUCCGGCGCCAGCUGGAUGAGGCCCGGAGGAAGAUCCGGCGCUGGGAGGAGUCGUGGCAGCAGGUGGAGCAGGCCUGUGACGCGUGGCAGCGGGCUGCCCGGGAGGCCAAGGAGCGUGCGCUGGCCGCCGACAGUGCCCGGCAGCUGGCCCUGCAGAAGAAGCAGGAGGUGGAGGCCCAGUUCCGGCGGCUGCAGGAGCAGCUGGAGGGCCGUGGCACAGUGCCCUCGCUCCCUGGCCUGUGCAGCGGUGGGGAUGUGGGCGACAUCCCCCUGCCCCAGCUGCACUCCCUGCAGAGCCAACUGCGCCUGGAUCUGGAGGCUGUGGAUGGGGUGAUCUUCCAGCUCCACGCCAAGCAGUGUGCCAUGUGCCGGGAGCGUGCCCAGGGCACAGAGUCGCGUGUGGCCGGCACAGCCGAGUGCCCCUGCUGUACCAGCCAGCCCCUACCCUGGUGACACACGGACACCUACUCGCUCCUCUCGGCACGGUCUCACGGGACUGUCAUGGCACCUGUACCCGGCACCGACCGGGAU